AGCCAAUCAGGCAGCACCAUGAGGAGUAUGGGUGGGAAGUAACAUCAGGGGAGUGAAGUGGUUUUACGUAGCGGAGGCAAAACAAGGAAACUGUUUUUAUGAAAUCCGCUUACAGGAGUUAGUGAGUUAGUCUCACUGCAUGCUACACAGGCUAGUGCUAGCGCUAAGUUGGUUAACCGAGUAUUAACUCAACUCAAGUGUUAUUUGAGGCUUAGAUAUAACGUUACGAAGAGCCCGGGAUAAGUAUUACGACAUCAACCUGAGCUUCCCGAACUGAAGUCAAGCUAGUAGGUAACCUAAACCUACCGCCGCAGAGGACGGCGAAGGGGAAUUACAGAGUUCAGGAAAAGGUUAGCCAACAGCCUGGCGUCGUUAGCUAAGACAAUUGGUGUUAACUUUUGGUAGAGCUUAACGGACUUCCGCUAUGUCUCUGGCCGACCAGAGCCAGCAGUGGUACCCUACGAGUGUCCAGGUAACCGUGCAUCAGGCUCGGAACCUGCGCCCCAAGGGCAAGAAUGGCACCAACGACGCCUAUGCCAUCAUCCAGGUGGCCAAAGACAAGUUUUCUACCUCCGUGUCUGAGAAAUGCGUCGCUCCAGUGUGGAAAGAAGAGGCUUCCUUCGACCUGCCGCUCUUCCACCCGGGAAACGGAGACCGCUGCACGCUGUACGUCAUCGUGAUGCACCGGGCUCAAGUGGGGCUCGACAAGUUCUUGGGUCAAGCUGUGGUGAAUUUACUGGAUCUCCAUGACAACAAGUCAGGCAAAAAGACAGAUUGGUUCAAGCUGGUGGACAAGAGUGGGAAAGAGGACAAGGUGCGAGGGGAGGUGCUGCUAGAUAUCCAGUUCAUGAGGAACAACAUGUCAGCUAGCAUGUUCGACCUCUCCAUGCAGGACAAGCCGCGCUCCCGCAUCUCCAAGCUGAAGGACAAAGUCCGAGGGAAGAAAAAGGACGGCUUCUCCGACUCGGCCUCUGCUAUCGUUCCCUCUGUCAGCAAGGGCCUCACCGACAGCGAGGGAGAGGCUGACGCACAGUCCCUCAACCAGUCUCUGGAAGUGAAAAAGAAAUCCAAGCUCAAAACCCUCUUUGCUCCCAAAUCAAACUUGCAGAGAAACCUCUCACAGUCCAUGUCCACACUGGGGACUCUUCCCGAGAAGAAUUCCUCGCUCAGUAGCAGCCGCUCAUCUGGCCUCAAUGUAGACUCUCCUGAAGUUAAAAAGAAAUUCAAAUUCCUGGGACACAAGCGGACAGGAAGCUCUGACAGCAAGUUGUCUCAAGGUCCUUUCUCCCUGCUGGGUCGCUCCAAGCAGAGCAACAGUGACCUGAACAACCUGUGCAUCAACGGCAGCCACGUGUACGCAGAGGACACGGAGCCCAAGAGUGGAUCUACUCUCAGUCUGAACAGCUCAGGCCAAGGAUCAGUGGAGGAUGUCCGCAAACACACCUCAGAUGUCCCUGCAGAUUCCUCUUUCAGCAUACCUGUCCCCUCCUACAAGCAUGAGUCUACAGACAGGGCAACCCUGGAGCAGCAGCCCCAUCAAGAGGAGGAGGGGAGAAGGCAGGCAGAGGCGAAGCGCAUAGCAGAGGCCAAGAGGCUGGAGGAAGAGGAGAAAUCCAAGCUAGAGGCCAAGCGGCUGCAGGAGGAAGAGGAGCGCAGACACCGGGAGGAACAGGAAAGGAAGAAACGCUUCCUUGAGGAAGAAGCAAAGCGGAAGAAACAGAAACAGACGGAGGAGGAAAAAGAGAGGAGAAAGCAAGAGGAAGCAGCCGAACACCAGAAGCUGGAGGAGGAGCGGCGCAGAGCCGAGGAGCAGAAACGACAGGAGGAGGCAUCCAUGAGCGACCGGCUGACCUCUCUGUUUGGAAUGAUCCGAAAGAAGGAGGAGAAGAAGGAGGAGGUGGUACCGCAGCAAGCUGCAGAGGAGAUACCCAAAACAGCCCCUCGCAGCAACAUCUCCCACCACUCCAACAACCCGUUUGACGACAUUCCCCUCAGCUCCGAUCCUCCAGUUAGCAGUCAUGAAAGCCCAGCUGAUGAUCCGAAAUCCAGCCUCAACCAACAAAAAGAAAAAAAAGUGUCCGCAGUCAAGCCCAGAUUUACUCCAUCUCUGGAGUCUGAACCCGCUGACUGCCAACUCCCCAGUCAGCUGUGUCCUUCCCCAACCGCGUCUGAGUCCACCCUCUCUAGUGUCCCAUCUGAGUCCCCCGAUACUUUCUCCAGUCUCCACUCAUCCCUGGCUCCACCCAACAUAAGUCAGAGCCUGUCUGGUUCUCCUCGUGGCAGCGUAGAGGAUCUGUCCUGUGUGGGAUCUUCACCCACCAUGGCGGAUAAGAAGAGAAGAGCCCCCGUGCCGCCCUCGUUCAGAGUGCUCGGGACCCAACCUGCAGGAAAUACCGGCCCUGUCAGGGAGAUAACAAACCCUGCAUACACAGAGGCAGAUGGGCCGCAGCAAGGCAGAAAAGCAAUGUCCGUACCGCUCCCCGAUUAUGAAACCCUCUUUCCUCAGAAGAGGCACGGAGUGCAAGGGCACACUCGAUGGGACCACAUAAUCGCUGAGGUCAAUCAGAAACACAGGGACAGUCAAGAGAUGAGCGUGGAUGGCCCACAGGAGCAUGAACCCAGUCUUAGGUCGUCACCCCCACAGGAGAGUCCCGCUAUUAGGCAUUCUCAAACGCAACCUCAAGAGACAAAACCUGUGUCGUCAAAAAAAGUUGCGGCCCCAGCGCCGCCUAAAUCAGUCCUCCAACCUCCACAACCUCGAUCAGAUUCCAGCCAAAGACCGAGCCAGAGUACUGCUCAACCAUCUCUCAUGAGGUCUAAUCUGCCCGCGGUCCCAGAACCUGUAAACUCAAGCAGAGAAAGUCUCUCGGGGACGUCCAGGGGUGGAGCAAGGGAGGCGUUGCGCCCACCACCCGCAGCGACGCGGGCACCCAGACCAACUAGCCAAGUGGACUUGGAUACGCCAGGUGAUGAAAAACAAGUGCAGGUCACUGUAAAGAAAGAUGCACCCACAGCUAAACCCAGACAGAAGGUUAAUGGCCAAGAGCCAGAACAGCAAGACGAUUCUGCUGUGACGCCAGCGGUCUCAGACAAAUACGCAAACAUUAACCUCCAAACAUCAUCUAGUUCACGUAUUAGCAGCACGGGCAAGAAAGAUGGGCAGGAACGGGAGAACUUUGAGUUUGACCCGUUCCCCAGCACUGAGCUUCUUUCCAAAGACCCAUGGGCACAGCCGACUCGGAACCAAGACGUAGAUUACCUUUUUACCAGCAGCGUACCAAAAGGGCGGAAAGUUGACGACAGGCGAAUGUCCCAAGACGACCUCGAUAACCUUUUCAGUCAAGAGAAGCAUACAGAGCCAUUUGAUUUUAACGGCAGCGAUUCAAAAGAACCCAGUGAGCACAGGACAGACGACGAAGAUUCAAAGCAUGUCGGUCCUGCUUUCCAAAGAAGGAAUUCAUCGAGAAAAAACCAGAUUAUUCCGCCCACACUUUGCUCGGAUAAUAACCCUUCCAAGUCUCGAAAAGAGCCCCCGUAUAAAGCAGAAACAACGGUAACCACAGCUUAUCAAGGCCUCUCCGCAAGAGGUGUUAGCAGUGAGCCUAUCACACCGAAGUUUCCAGCUGAUAAGAAAACACAAAGCAAAUUUAAUGGAGGAGAGGAUCCAUUUGGAGCUGAGCCUUUUACCCCUACCUUGACUUCCCCAGAACCCCUCCAGGUAGUUAUGGAGGAACCAGCACCUCAGGCAGGAGGCAUGUUUCCCCCAGACAAACCUUUGCGAGCAUGGGUCUUACCCUCUGAUGUUCAGCCUGUCAGUGCUCAGAAUAGCAAUGGAGGUGGGCUAGCCUUUACUCCACGCAGGCCUCAUCCAGUGAAGCCCAUGAGUUUAGAGAGCCAGGCUCCCAUCAGCAGCCCCGCUGUGAAAGAGAUAAAGGUCCGCGAGAGCCCACCGGGGAAGAUUCAGGUGGCGCACUCGGUGCAGAGCGGCCCGUACACUCAGCUGACACAGGAAGAGCUGAUCACGCUGGUGGUGCGGCAGCAAGCCGACCUGUCCCGCAAGGACUCUCAGAUCGUCGAGCUGGAGGAGUACAUCGACAGACUGCUGGUCCGAGUCAUAGAGGAGCAACCCAGCCUCCUGCAAUCUCUGAACGCCUCCAAGCCAGUGUAAGGUACCGGCUGCUGGAAGACCAGCGUCUCACC